UUCAUGUAGUACAGUAUAGUAGGAAUGUUACUUUUCUUAGUUUCAGAUAAGGUACAGUAUGUUCAGAUGUAUUUCAGCAGAAACCUCAUUAGUAAAACUAUUGAUGUUUGAAUGAAUAUUGAUCACAAACAGUUUCAAUAUUAAAUCAAUUAAAACAGCUGAAGACUGGCUUUAGAUAAUGGUUGAAUCAAAGUCCUGUCAGACCCAUGCCACUAUCAAGCUUACCACUGUCCUUUUGUCACGCAGUAUCAUUAAGAUGCAGAAAAGAAAGAGGCAGGAGAAGAUUGACACCUUUUUCAAGAGAAAUCCUGUGAGGACGUUGCUGGAGGCAUUGGUUUCAGAGGCAGCACAGGAAGGUUCACAGGAUGUGGCCAGGAGUGAGGAAGACAGAGAUGAAGAGGGAGUAAAAGGCAGGCAAGAAGCAGACAGGCAAGAAGCAGACAGGCGAGAAGCAGACAGACAAGAAAAACAGAGUGAGGGGGAAGUCAGAGAGGAUAAGGAUGCAGAUGAAAUGGUAGAGAGAGGAGCAGAGAACACAGACGUGGAUGUUACUCGCCAUCAGUUCAGUAAACCCAAUCAACCAGAUCCAAAAUUAAUUUCUAAACAGUCCUUGCCCAAAUAUUCUCUGAGUUUUCAAACUCAGUGGUACCAGAAAUUUCCAUGGCUCCAUGUGAGUCCUGAUGUUGAGGGUGUAUUGUGCUUUUACUGCUCCAAAGCCUUUGACUCGGGGACAUCAUCUCUUGCCAAGAAUGCUGAUUCAGCAUUCAUUUCAUCUGGGUUUAAAAAUUGGAAAAAAGCCCUUGAACGAUUUACUGUGCAUGAGCGAUCUGAUAGUCAUAAGACAGCCAUGACAACGCACAUCUAUGAAAAUCGAUCAGUACAGGUUCAGCUAUCUAGUGUGAGUGUGAAACAGCAAGAGGAAGUAUAG